GGUCGUGGUGGGCGGGCUGUGGACCCUCCGGUAUAAGGCGGUCCCGGGGGAGUGCGGAGAAAGGGGGGGGUCUCGGCGGCAGGAGGAGGAGUAGGUGCGGGUGAAGAUGGCGGCAGCCGAGGCCGCGAACUGCAUCAUGGAGGUCUCCUGUGGCCAAGCAGAAAGCAGCGAGAAGCCCAACGCUGAGGACAUGACGUCCAAAGAUUACUACUUUGAUUCCUAUGCUCACUUCGGCAUUCACGAGGAGAUGCUGAAAGAUGAGGUACGCACCCUCACGUACCGAAACUCCAUGUUUCACAACCGGCACCUCUUCAAGGACAAGGUGGUGCUGGACGUGGGAUCGGGCACAGGGAUCCUCUGUAUGUUCGCUGCCAAGGCCGGAGCCCGCAAGGUCAUCGGGAUCGAGUGUUCCAGUAUCUCUGAUUAUGCGGUGAAGAUCGUCAAAGCCAACAAGCUAGACCAUGUGGUGACCAUCAUCAAGGGGAAGGUGGAGGAGGUGGAGCUUCCGGUGGAGAAGGUGGACAUCAUUAUCAGCGAGUGGAUGGGCUACUGCCUUUUCUACGAGUCAAUGCUCAACACCGUUCUCUAUGCCCGAGACAAGUGGCUGGCACCCGAUGGCCUCAUCUUCCCAGACCGGGCCACGCUGUAUGUGACGGCCAUUGAAGACCGGCAGUACAAAGACUACAAGAUCCACUGGUGGGAGAACGUAUAUGGCUUUGACAUGUCUUGCAUCAAAGACGUGGCCAUCAAGGAGCCCCUGGUGGACGUGGUGGACCCCAAGCAGUUGGUCACCAACGCCUGCCUCAUAAAGGAGGUGGACAUCUACACCGUCAAGGUGGAAGACCUGACCUUCACCUCCCCCUUCUGCCUGCAAGUGAAGCGGAAUGACUACGUGCACGCGCUGGUGGCCUACUUCAACAUCGAGUUCACUCGCUGCCACAAGAGGACAGGCUUCUCCACCAGCCCCGAGUCCCCGUACACGCACUGGAAGCAGACCGUGUUCUACAUGGAGGACUACCUGACCGUGAAGACGGGCGAGGAGAUCUUUGGCACCAUUGGCAUGCGGCCCAAUGCCAAGAAUAAUCGCGACCUGGACUUCACCAUCGACCUGGACUUCAAGGGCCAGCUGUGCGAGCUGUCCUGCUCCACUGACUACCGGAUGCGCUGAGGCGGCGCCCGGCUUCUCCCACCCCGGCCGGGCCGGCCCUGCACGGGCCCAGGGGCUGCGGCAUCCUUAGGCAGUUUGGGGGCUCCCCCUUCCUCUCCUUCCCUCCCUCAGAAGGGGGUUUUAGGGGCCUGGGCUGGGGGGGGGGGGCACAUCGUGACUGUGUUUUUCAUAACUUAUGUUUUUAUAUGGUUGCAUUUACGCCAAUAAAUCCUCAGCUGGGA